AUGAGUGCUUUUGAUAACUACAACAUACACAAUUAUGAAGACCAAGAAGGCAUCGUACAAAUGACAGUAACUCCUAAAGCAGGCCGGCGUACAGAAUGGGACGACACAACUAUAAUGGUGUUGCUUCGCCUGAUCAUAGAGACAGAGUUUUAUGUCAAGCAUCUCAACGGUAACAGUAGAAGAAAGGCAAGCCUAUGGAGCAAUCUUCAUGCCGAGUUUUGCAUCAAUCCCAAUGUGAUACGCUUUGCUGGUACUUCUGUGGAACACCAGUUUUCCCUGAAAUACAGGGACCUUAAAUAUGUAAAGAAAAGAUUCCAAACUGUCAAGAAGGAAUUCCGCAAAGUUGUGACCAAUAUACAAAGAUCUGGAUUCAGUGGCCCUCCUUCUCAAGAGAGGUUUCAAUUUUUUGAUGCCAUGAAAGAGAUAACACUGUUGGACCCUAGUUUUUUCCCACCAAUGAUCAUCAGUUUGUCAAGCAUUUUGGUUGGAGCAAAUGCAGCCCCAGUAAUAUCCGUCCGUCAAGAAGAUGGAAGCACACGUUCCAACACCUAUCUUUCUGGCCCUAAUUUUGUCCCAGAAAUUAUGGAUGCAAUUGAAUGCAGCGUUUCCCCUGUGACAGCAGACCUGGAGCUACUGCCAAUUUCAGAAGGCAGUUUUGAGCCUAGCUCUCAGCUGUCUUACCAGUCCUCAUUUCAACUCCCUUCCGCAUCUGCGUCUGCAACUAUGCCAGCACCAACACCAGUACCAACACCAGUACCAUCAUCAUUGGCACCAGAAACGGAAAACAGAAGAAUGAUGCAACGUGAGUUCCAGUCUGCCUUCUUGAGAAAUUCCAAGAGACAGACUGCUAUCUUUGAUGAGACUUUCACCUCCUUAAGUUCGCAGUUGGAGGAGGUAAAAGAUGCCUUUGUCUACUCAGUAGAAUGCCAGUAUAUAUACGCUGUGUCAUUUCAGGAGGCACGUCACUUGGACAGGGUAUCAAGAGACAAUAACGCAAGAGAAGACGUCCUCGCAAGAAAGCAGAUUUCCAGGGACAAUCUUCUCAGCAGAGAAAUAAUCGCAAGAGAGGAAAGAGAAGCAAAAGGCAAAUUGUUAGCCAUUUUCAAAAAAAGUGCAGAUACAAUUACACAGUAUCUUUCUGCUUCUUCUACUUCUCCCAAUAAUGCAUCUUACUAA